AUGGCCGACCCAUUCGAGGUCCGCCAACGCUUUACAACGCUACUCUCUCACCUCAGCGCAUCGCAUACCUCCCUUCAAAAAGCCGCGUUCUACGCGCUCAAGAAUCGCGAACUGGACGAAGACCUUCAUUCCUGCAUUCUCGAACAGCUCGAACGUACCAAUAUGAACACGCGCGCAAACAUCAUGUUCUUCAUCGAAUGCCUCUGCGAAUACGCCGUAAAAGACAACAACUCAGGAGACCCCAGCGCAAUGGGCUACGUCCGCAUGCUGCAAAGAGACAUCUUAGCGGUUGUCGAAUGCGUAGUGGGUGAAGAAGGAGCAAACAUCCGCGUUGUGCGCAAAGUCCUGAAGACCCUCGAGAACCUCUCCAUCCUGUUGAAGGAAACUGUUCAAGAACUUGAAGCUGUUCUAAAGUCCAGAGAGAUUGCAAAUCCAUUCAUGGCAACAGAUUCAUCCAAUCCCAAAGAUGGCUCCACAACACUACCAAGUCGGAGUGGAGGGCAGAGGAUGGAUAAACGGCAGAUUGAACAGAGAAUUGAGGAGGAUAGAGAGAGACACAAGAGGAUGCGGGAGAGUAUUUGGGCGGUGCCUGGAGAUGGGUAUGAGGAGUUGGAAAAGCUGUGGGAAGAGGCUAGCGACAUCAACGAGGAUGACUAUGUCACGGCAAGGGAAGAUGCGGAGGAGAGGAGGAAGGUCAUUGCUUUUGGGUAG